GCUUAUUACGAUGGACUCGACAGAAGAACCCUUAGGGUCAGAAACAAUGUUAUAAAAAUACAGAUCCAUGAGCUCUGGGAUACAGAGACUCUCGAUUAUGAUUACUGUGUGCUAACACUGCAGGACGAUAUCGUUCAGUCACCCACCGUUCAGACCAUAGAGUUGGCCACCAGUGCUCCAACACAGGGUACUACAGCUCAACUGACCGGUUGGGGUAGGACAUCGGGCACAUCUAGCACUAUACCCUAUUUACUACAGUACACCAUCAUGGACAUUGUUUCCUGGGAAGUGUGUAAUAAUAUAUGGGAACCGACGGGUCAGACGGUUACAGACCGUAUGAUUUGCGCGUCAAACCCGUCAGCCGGUGGUUGUAGUGGUGAUACCGGUGGUCCCUUAGUAGCUGAUGGUAGAUUGGUAGGUAUUUUGUCUUGGAAUGGUAAAAAGUGUCCGGCAAACACUGUUGAGUGGCCCAACUGGUACUCCGAUGUGGCCAAUCAAUGGCAAUGGCUCAGCGAUCAUAUCACUAAA